UUUAAAUUUUCAAAACAUUAUUCCUUACUGUGAUCUCGCUGCAUCGGACCUACGAACUUACCACCUGCAUAAGAGGACGAUGGCAAGUUUGGAAGAGAACCUGAAGACAGUCGUUCGGAUUUUUAGAAGGGGAUGUCACAGAGUUCUGGAGUCCGAGAGGACUACCAUCCAUGGCGCAGAUGGAAUGCUCACAAUCCUACAGCUAGUGAUGGCCGAAUUAAACAAAGAGGAGACUGGAGAGUUUGGAGUAGCUCUGAGUGAUGUCAUCGGUGCCUGGAAACACUUAUUGCGGGAUAAAUCCUGCCUGUCCACAGACGAGUCCCCUCGUCCUGUGAAGUAUGACAUCAUCCGGAAAGAGUAUGACUCCUUCCUGAAGCAGACCAACACAGUGGACCUGAUAGAUGUCCAUGCAAUGUAUGAACGUCUUAGGGGAGAUCAAGACCCAAAAAACCCACUGUCCAAUGUGCAGCUGCUGCACUUCCUGUCCGGUGACGUGGAGACUUUUGACGAGAACGAAUCGAUUCCCCCCUGUCCAGAAACUCCAUCCAGCAAGCCAAGCCAGUGCAGCUCACAGGGGCUGAAGAGCCUCUUCUGUUCGUACUUGGACCUGCUCGUAAACACCAAGAAUGACCUGGCCCUGGCACGCGCGCUAGACCUUCCCAACAGAGGGCUCGGGCGUGUGGCUUUCACAGACCUGAAGCAUGCUGCUCGAACCAGCAGCACCUCUCUCUUCCUGGCAGCGACGUCAUUCGUGAGAGCGAUCCAGCUGGGGGGGAGGGGAUACGCCCCCUCUGAAUCGGACCCCCUCAGGAGGCACGUGAAGGGCCUUUCAGACUUUGUGCAUUUCACUGACCGCCUGGAAGAGCUUCUCGGAGACAUACCUGACCCCAGUGAGGCGGGGGCCAGGAUCGUGUCCAGCAUACGGGCGGCUCUGCUGAAGGGGCGGAGCAGCGGGGACCCUGUGGGCGGGGCUGUCGAGGAGGUGGCCCAGGAUCUGAAGGAGAGCAUCGUCCGGAUCCGCACGGCUCAGAGGGAGGAGGCCUGCAGCACCGGGAUCAGCCCUGCGCGGCCCAGGGCGUACGCCAUUAACCACGCCACGGCGUACGGGGGUCGGGAGGCAGUGAAGCUGUUCGUGGCCCUGCUGGAUGAGGAGGCUUUGGCUCCGCCAUGCAGGAACAAGGCAGCACUGCUCUCUGGAGAGCUGGAUGCCUUCAGUGGGACAGAAGGAACCACUAUCCUCAUGCUCUUCCGAUCUCCAGAGGCUCCCACUGGCUCCUCACCCAAACCCCUGAAGCUCCGCGUCCAGGACCAGCUAGACCAAACCAAACCCACGGUGAAGCGGAAGGCCGUCCGCUCUCAGUUCGCCUGCACGUACCGGGACGAGGACCCGCCGCUCAACCGCGUACUGGAGUUCCCCAGUGCCAGCCAGGCCCCGACCUGCGUGCACCCGGCCCCGAAACGCACCGCCGUCCCGAGAGGAGGGGAGGAGGAGGCCGAGCUGAAGACCGCUACGGACGCCGUUACAGCCACAGCAGCAGGGGAGAUUACAGUGGAGCUGGAGGGUACAGACAGGAAAGCUGCUCCCCGGAGGCCAGCAUUGGGGCUGCGCUGUGCCAACCCUCGUGCAGCGGGUAGCGGAGGGGCCCCGGACCCCGCGUCACGUAAGGGAGGCACCCGAGCGGGUGGUCCGGCGGGAAGCAAGGCACGCAAGAGAAAGGAAGUGGACCGGAGCGACGACGCAGAGAACGGGCCGCCUCAGAAGACGGGCCCCACGGCGAAGGCCCCGAGCUCGGACCUGCCCCCCCGAGCGCCGGGGAGGACCUCCAAUGCGGCCAAGAAGAGGAAGCUGAUCGCUGGCCAGACCACUCUGACAGGCUUCCUCAGGCUGUAGAGCCACACAGGGGAGCCCAGCGGCCUCUGCGUGUAUCUGGUGUCCCAUCAUUCCUCUUUACGCUGUAAUGAUGACUUAUUAGGACUGAGCUAGUUGACGUGGUUUGUAAUCCGAGCAGCCCGCUCCAUAACCCAGUCACAGUUGUUCUUUGUAAGGCUGGGAACAGAGAAUGGUGUUACAGGCUGUGUUCCCGCUCUCUUGGAAGCGCUAUAGGUUCUGCUCCCCCUCUCGUGUAAGUGGUGUGGUCUUCUUCCUGAGCAUUUAAUAGUUGAGGUUUUUAAUUGAGGCAUUGCAUACUGAGGCGCUAGAGUCUUCAACCAGUCUCCAUUAGUAUGGAAAAUGGGGAGUAGUGUGCGUUUGGGGUGAAUGCUGCACACAAGGUUUGUGUUUGAGCUGAGAAAUAUGGACUGAAGUUUUAUUUUUUUAUUCAUUUAAUUUAUUUUGUUAAAUCAUGGAUGUGUGGAGAAGCUUGCUGUAUUUACAGGGAUAAUUUCAACACCUUGUUUAGGCUUGCACUGCCUGAAGGUUGAUGUGCGUCAUAUUUUUAUAGCUUUGUUUGAAUCAAUGUACAACUUUGUUUGCACAUUUCCAAAUAAUUUUAUUAAACUUUUAAACUUUA